GCCCGCGCGGCCGGGCGGUCACGUGCGGCGGCGCUGAGGGGACGCGGGGCCGGGGCUGUGCGGCGCCAUGGGGCAGUGCGGCAUCACCUCCUCCAAGACCGUCCUCGUCUUCCUCAACCUCAUCUUCUGGGCAGCAGCAGGCAUCCUGUGCUACGUGGGAGCCUAUGUGUUCAUCACAUACGAUGACUACGAUCACUUCUUUGAAGAUGUCUACACGCUAAUCCCAGCUGUUAUCAUCAUCGCUGUGGGAACGCUGCUUUUUAUUAUUGGGCUUAUUGGGUGCUGCGCUACCAUUCGAGAGAGUCGCUGUGGGCUGGCUACGUUUGUGAUCAUCUUGCUCUUGGUUUUUAUCACCGAAGUUGUGGUCGUGGUUCUUGGAUACAUUUACAGAGCAAAGGUGGAGGAUGAAGUGGAUCACAGCAUUCGCAAAGUCUACAAUGGAUACAAUGGGACAAAUCCUGAUGCAGCCAGUCGUGCCAUUGACUAUGUACAGAGGCAGCUGCGCUGCUGUGGGAUCCAUAACUAUUCAGACUGGGAGAAUACUGUCUGGUUCAAACAAACUAAAAACAACAGUGUGCCCCUCAGCUGUUGCAAAGCAGCCCUCAGCAAUUGCACUGGCAGUUUGACUCGCCCCAUGGACCUUUAUUCAGAGGGGUGUGAGGCUCUGGUGGUAAAGAAGCUUCAGGAGAUCAUGAUGUAUGUCAUCUGGGCAGCACUAGCAUUUGCUGCUAUUCAGCUUCUGGGCAUGUUGUGUGCCUGCAUAGUUCUAUGUAGGAGGAGUCGGGAUCCUGCCUACGAGCUUCUCAUUGCUGGUGGAACCUAUGCCUAGAAGAGAAUUCAAACAUGCAGUUCAAUCUUCCCCCACUUCUGUGGAAGGUGAAUGGGCCAGGCUGGCCUCCAUAGCUUUCUUGCCCCAAGCUUAGUCCAAGCACACCUUUCAGCCGUGAGGGCAGCCGCACUGGGCACUGGUGACGGGCAAAACAGCAGCUUUACACAAACCCAUAGAAUUACCUGUGACUGCCACUGUUUUAGCCAGCUAUUCAUGUAUCUAAAUGUUUUAGUAUGCUAGUAAACUUUCUAAUUUCAGAACCAUUUGCGAGUUAAGUGUAAUUUGGUUGAUAUGAAAGUCAAAGGAUGUGUGCUUAUGUUGGUAGAUUACCUCUAAGCAUUAACUGGCUGAUUCUUGCAUAUAGAGAAGAUGUCUUAAACCUUCACUACAUGGAAUUUUUCUGGCCAAAGUUGUACAAAGGAAGCCAGCUGUAUUUAAUUUGAGAAGAAAAAAUGUUUUAAUCUUGCCCUUCACCAGUGUCACUUUUAAAAAAGAAAAAAACACUUAAGUCCGGUAUGCUUUAUAUAUAAAGAAAUUGUAAAAAAACAACAAAAAAAAAAACCAACAAAACUAACUGAUUUUAGGAUUAUGUGACUGCAGUUUUGACCUUCAGAGAUUGAAUCUUUCAAACAUUAGUGGUUUAAAAUACAAGCUGGCUUUUCAGGAGUAUAAUGUAUGCACUACUGUUCUAUAAUGAAAUAUUUCAUUUUUCUAUGAAGAGCGUUUUAUGUGUUGAGUGAACUGUUAGACUGUAGACCUUCAAUUGGUUUGGAAACAAUGUAGCUAUGUAGAGUAGCAGAGUAGUAUGUGAAAGUGAUCUCAACUGUAAAUAGUAAAUCUGAUUAAAUAAAUCUCUGUAUAUCCUCCCUAUAAA